AUGUUUGGACUUAGGCCACUGGCUUUGAUCGGUUGGGUGCUACUACUCUUUCCUGCAGUGCUCCCCGCGCUAACCACCGCUGGUGCCCAUGGUGACGGUAAGCCCGCUCUCCGAUGCCAUCCAGACCAGGCUGUAAGCCUCCUCCAGCUAAAGAAAUCCUUCUCAUUCUUCCGUUACCCCAAUCCCCUUGAGUCAUGGCAGGAUGACACUGACUGUUGCCUUUGGGAAGGUGUUGGCUGCAGCAACUCCUCGGGCCAUGUCACUGCUCUAGAACUCAGUGGCCGUGGCUUGUACAGUCAAGGCCUUAACCCUGCAAUCUUCAACCUCACCUCGCUCCAACGGCUCGACCUUAGCAUGAAUAGUUUUGGUGGGUACAGCUUUCCGGCAAGUGGGUUUGAGAGGCUCUCCUUGCUCACCCAUCUCAACCUCUCAAAUUCGGGCUUCCAAAGCCAGAUACCUAUGGGCAUCGGCAAACUUGUCAACCUUAUCUCCUUGGAUCUUUCUUAUUACUAUUUUGCCCCUCGUGAGGAUUCUGGUGAUGGCGGUUAUACCAGCGCUGAUUCCGUGUCUGCUCUUGCUAGUUGGCCCUGGCUGCUGGAUUCCGACUUUCAGAUCCUAGUGAUAGUGGCCAACCUCACCAAUCUAAGAGAGCUCUACUUUGAUGGACUGGAUAUAUCUAGGAGUCUUGAUUGGUGCCGUACUCUUGCUAAUGCUCUUCCCGCUCUACAAGUUCUUAGCUUGGGUGAUUGUUCUCUUAACAGUCCUAUUUGUUCGUCCCUCUCAACACUCCACUCCCUAACAGUUAUCAAUUUGCAAGACAACUUCUAUGGGUCUUCCGCUCCCUUUCCAGAGUUUUUCAUGGAUUUUCUUAAUUUAAGUGUGCUCAACCUUGCCAAUACAAAUCUCCAAGGGUGGUUCCCUCGUAGAACCUUUCAGUCAAAAACUCUACGGGUUCUUGAUUUAUCUGGGAAUCAGAAUCUCUCGGGCCAUGUGCCCAACUUCUCCAACGCAAGUUCUUUAGAAGCAAUGAUGCUAGAUGGGACCAAAUUCUCCUUUGCAAAUUUAGGCUCUUAUACCAAUUUCAAGUAUUUGAAAACAUUAAGGCUUGAUGUGAAUUCCUUUCCAGAGGAGCCUCAAUCUUCACUUGGUAUUCUCAGAUCUGUACAGCAUUUGGAACUCUCUCAGAUGUACUAUACAAGAUAUUCAGGGCCCAUUUUGUCAUCGAUCUUCUCUCAGACUUCAGUUGCCAAACUCAAGAGUUUGAGAAGCCUGACACUCACUAGCUGCAACGACAUUGGGCCAGCUCUAUUUGGUAAUCUAGUAGGAUUGACAAGCUUGGAGAUCUCUUUUUGCAGCUUUAAUGGUCCAAUACCGUCUGCAAUUGGCAACCUGACAAACUUGAAAAGCUUGAUUAUCGAGCGAUUUUUUUCCAUAGGGCCAAUACCAACUUCAAUUGGCAAUCUCAUGAACCUGAGAAGCUUGUUCAUUUGGGAUGCUUACAAUGAUAUUGGACCAAUACCAUCUACAAUAGGCAAUCUUAGUAAUUUGGAGAGUUUUGAAGUAGAUGGCUCUGAUUUUUCUGGACCAAUACCCCGUGAAGUUGGGCUAAUCAAGAAGUUGAAAUUACUACGUAUUCAAAUGUGCAGCUUUUCUGGAAGUAUACCAAAUUCAAUAUCUAAUUUGACUCGCCUGGUUGAGUUAGAUCUUUCAUCUAAUGCUUUUAAUGGGGAACUUCCAACAUUCGUUUUCACUAUUCCAACAUUGCAGCGCUUAUAUCUUCAGUCAAACCAGCUCUCUGGUUCAAUACAAGAAUUCAACGCGACGCCUUCACACUUGGUGUCAGUGGACCUCAGCAUAAAUGAAUUGACAGGAAAUAUUCCCAAGUCGUUCUUUCAACUCACAAGUUUAGCUUAUCUUGAUAUUGGCUGGAAUAACUUGGUGGGUUCGGUGGAUCUUUCCUCUUUUUGGAGGUUAGAAAAUCUUGUUCAUUUGGGUCUUUCCAAUAUCAGUCUGUCAGUAAUGGACAUGGAUGGAAAAGACACCAACUCUCCAUGUACCUAUCUCUCUCGAGUUACCAGGUUAGAAUUAGCAAGUUGCAACUUAACCAGAUUCCCAAAUUCAGUGGCACAUCUUAACCAAAUGUCUUACCUAGAUCUGUCAUGCAAUAGAAUCAGUGGGGAAAUUCCAAAGUGGAUAUGGGUUACAUGGAGCAGUAGCCUUACAUAUUUGAAUCUUUCACACAACAUGCUCAGCAUUAUGCAACUUACUUCGUAUGUUCUCCCUUUCAGUCGGUUACAGACACUUGAUCUUAGUUCAAAUCUGCUCCAGGGACAAAUUCCUAUGCCAAGCUCGCAAGCGAUUCUCUUAGAUUAUUCAAACAACAAUUUCUCUUCAGUUCUUCCAAACUUCACUCUCUAUCUUGGUGUUGAAUUCAGAAUUUCCAAAAAUAAUAUUAGUGGACAUAUACCUAACUCAAUUUGUGAUUCAAGUAUCACUGUUCUUGACCUAUCAUUUAAUAACUUCAGUGGGAGGAUACCGCCGUGUCUAAUAGAAGAUGGUUACAUGAGCGCUUUGAGUUUGCGGGAUAAUCAAUUUGAAGGUGUGUUGCCUAACAACAUUAAAGACCAAUGUGUGCUUCACACAUUAGACUUGAACAACAAUAAGAUUGAAGGGCAACUUCCAAGGACACUUACUAAGUGCUUGCAGCUGGAGUUUCUAGACUUUGGAAAUAAUGACAUGGAAGGUACUUUUCCAUCAUGGCUGGGGAACCUUCCAACACUUCGUGUCCUUGUCUUGAGAUCCAACCGAUUCUAUGGUUCGAUUGGUGGUGAUCUUCACAUAUAUGAAAAAUCUCGAGAAUACUUCUCUAGCCUGCAGAUUCUUGAUCUUGCCUCGAACAAUUUCUUUGGUAGUUUGACUCCAGAUUUGUUCAGGGGGUUGAAAUCAAUGAUGACACAGAUGAACACUACAGGUCUUAUUAUUAGUGAUGACAAUGUGGUUUAUCACAAUCCAUAUCAAGAUACUGUCACGAUAGCAUAUAAAAGCAUAUAUAGGACAUUUGAUAAGAUCCUGACUACUUUAACGGUAAUUGACCUGUCAAAUAAUUCAUUUGAUGGUACAAUUCCUGCAUCGCUUGGGAAGCUUAUUUCACUACUCAUACUAAACAUGUCUGGCAAUGCCUUCACCGGUGUUAUUCCUCCGGAAUUUGGUGGGAUGACUCUACUAGAAUCACUUGACCUGUCUCAGAACCAGCUUUCUGGUGAUAUACCAGAGGCGCUAACAAAUCUCAGUUUUCUUGGUAUCUUGAAGUUGAGCAACAAUCAGUUGGCGGGAAGGAUACCUCGGUCAGGUCAAUUUUCAACAUUCCAGAACAGUUCAUUUGAAGGCAAUCUGGCGUUGUGUGGACAGCCAUUGUCCAACCCAUGCGGCAUUUCCCCUGGUCCUCCAAGUGUGGCGCAUGUGGAGAAGUCAUCUCAUGUUGAUGUUGUCUUGUUUCUCUUCGUCGGGCUGGGCUUCGGUGUCGGAUUUACAGCGGCCAUUCUGGUGAGAUGGGGUCGGAUUGUGGAAUGGUUUGUUAAAUUCGCAAGAGGUUGGCGGACCUGAUGUGAAUGCUGGAGAAUUAAUGCACACAUGCAUUGUUGGAAGGGAAGACGUACGUUAUACGUAGAACAGAGGUAUUGAAGUGUAAUAUGGCUUCCAGAUGUAUUUUUAUGUCUCUGCUUCUAAAGUAUCUUACGAAUGGCUUAAUA